AUGACCAGAUAUCCUGUGCUGGACCGAAAUGAUUACACGGCAGGAUGUGUAUGUGCCUUGGCCGUAGAGGCGGGGGCAGUACUGGACAUGCUGGAUGAAAAACAUGCUACACCGCCGCUACCAGAAAAUGACGACAAUUCUUACCAACUAGGAAGGAUUGGUGAGCACAACGUUGUGAUUGCGUGUUUGCCUAUUGGACAAGUGGGAACCAACCACGCCGCGGCCGCCGCGAUGCUUAUGCAGUGUACCUUCACUUCGAUCAAGUUCUGUUUGUUGGUAGGGGUCGGAGGAGGUGCUCCUAGCGAUGACCACGACAUCAGACUUGGCGAUGUCGUUGUCAGUGUUCCCGGCAAGCGCAAUAAUGGUGUCAUCCAAUAUGACUAUGGGCGGCUGAUCAACGAUGGUGAAUUCGAGCACACAGGCGCAGUGAACGCACCUCCCAGAAAGCUACUCACGGCAAUAAAUUUCCUCAAAGCACAACACGAUCAUGUCGAUCAUCAAUUGGUUCAAUAUCUCUCUGUGAGUGACGCAUCACGCAAACCGAAAUACCCAUAUCGAGGAGCGGGAAACGACCAUUUAUUCAAGGCGGAGUAUAAACAUCGUAAGGACGAAAAGACGUGCGACCGGUGUGAUAUGAGUCAGUUGGUCUCACGAUCCUAUCGGAGUGGGACUGGACCUGUUAUUCACUAUGGAACUAUUGCAUCUGCGAACAAGGUGAUGAGAGAUGCUAAAACUAGGGAUCGUUGGGGACGCGAGGCAGACGUCCUAUGUUUCGAAAUGGAAGCGGCCGGACUGCUCGCCGCAUUCCCUUGCGUCGUCAUCCGAGGAAUCUGUGACUAUGCAGAUUCACACAAGAACAAAGAGUGGCAGGUCUACGCGGCGGCAACCGCAGCAGCAUAUGCCAAAGCUCUUUUAAUGGUUGUUUCGGGAAGCAGGCCUUCAAGUCCAUCUUCCAUUGGGAAUGAUGUGCCACUUACACAGAUGAAAGCUCUGAACUUGAAUUCACCCCGAGUCAGUGAUUCAAUCUUGAGACUUUUAUACCAGCGCAGGUAUAGCGAAGCGGAGAGUACCUAUCAACGAGCGCAGAAAGAAAAGAGCAUGUCAGAGAAUGAACACGUGAAUAUUUUGAUGACACUUCAGCACUCAGGAAGUCUGCUUCAUGAUCAAGGCAAUUAUCGCGAAGCAGAAAGGAUAUACCGAUUGGUACUAGGAGGAAGUGAGGCUAUACUGGGAGAUAUGCACCUGAACACUAUAUCGGCCGUUGAUGAUUUGGCAUCGGUGCUUCAUGAUCAGGAGAAGUAUGAAGACGCAGAACAGAUGUAUCGCCGAGCGCUCGAUGCCAAGAAAAGAGUAUUGAGAACAGAUCAUCCAAGUACUCUGGCAACUAUCCAUGAUCUAGCGGUGGUGCUCCAAGAGGAGAAAAAAUACGAAUAUGCCGAGAAGAGAUAUCGACGAGCACUCGAAGGAAGAGAAUGUACCCUGGGAAUCAAGCAUCGGGAUACAUUGCACACUCUUACAUGUUUAGCAUCAGUGCUUGCCGACCAAGAGAAGUAUCCGGAUGCAGAGAAAACCUAUCGCCGGGCACUAGACGAAAGAGAGAAGAGCCAAGGUGUCAGACACCCUGAUACCUUGGAGACCCUGCACAGUCUAGCAUCGGUACUUGACGACCAAGAGAAAUAUGCGGAUGCCGAAAGGAUGUAUCGACGAGCACUCGAAGGACGACAACAGACCCUAGGCACUAAGAAUCUGGACACCUUGGACACUCUUACCUGUCUGGCAUCGGUACUCGCCGACCAAGCAAAAUACCAGGAGGCCGAGAAGCUUUUCCGCCAGGCACUAGCUGAUAGAGAGUAUAUUCAGGGUAUCAGGGACCAAGAAGUCUUAGAAACCCUUGAGAGCCUCGCAGCGGUACUUGACGAACAAGAGAAAUAUCAGGAAGCCGAGAAAAACUAUCGCCUCCUCUUGGACAGAAUGGGUGAACACCCAGACAGGCUAAUGACUCUUGAAAAUCUAGCAUCGGUGCUUGAAAAUCAACACAGGUAUCAAGCAGCAGAAAACAUAUACCGUCAAGUUCUACAUGAAAGAAACCUCCUGGGAGCUGAGCAUCCAGACACUUUGGCGACUAUGGAUAGCCUCGUCUCAGUACUUCUGGACCAGGAAAAGUUCCGAGAGGCGGAAACUAUGUGUCGAUCGACGCUAAACGCCAGACAGAAGUCUCUCGGGCCUAAACAUCUGGAUGCCUUGGAGAAUCUCCAGAGUCUUGGAGAGAUUCUUGGUGAUCAAAAUAGGUAUCUGGAAGCAGAGAGAAUAUAUCGCCGAGUUCUCGAAGAGAGAGAGAUAAUACAAGGAUCUGGGCAUCCCGAUACUCUAGCGGUUAUGGACUGCCUCAUCUCAGCCCUUGUGGAGCAAGGAAAGCUCCAAGAGGCGGAGACCCUGUGUCGAUCGUUGCUGAAGACGACGCAGACGACCCUCGGCCCUGAUCAUCCAGACACUCUGGACGCUCUCGAGGGACUUGCAGAAAUUCUUUACGAACAAAAUAGAUGUCUGGAUGCAGAGAGGAUAUAUCGUCGAGUCCUCGAUGGAAGAGAGAAAAUACAAGGGCCUGGACACCCGGAGACUCUCGAGACUAUGGACUGCCUCAUCUCAGCCCUAAUGGAGCAGGGGAAGCGUCAAGAGGCGGAGACUAUGUGUCGAUCAACGCUAAAGGCUAGACAGAGGACUCUAGGGCCUGAGGCUCUAGAGACUCUGGACAAUCUCGAGGAACUUGCAGAGAUCAUUCAAGAUCAAAACAAGUAUCAGGAGCCAGAACAGCUAUUCCGUCAAGUUCUAGAAAUCAGGCAGAGAGUACAGGGGGUCAGUCAUCCAGAUACCAAGAUGACGGCGGAGAGGCUCAAGGCACUCCUUCAACGGCGAAAGAGCGCGGUGGCGAAAAAGAAAAAGGGAACUAGGAGAACGACCAAGGGAAAGAAAAAGACUACCAGCAAGAAGACCAAGGGAAAGCGGACUGUCAGCAAGAAGACGACCGGAAAGAAGACUACCAGCACAAAAAAGGGUGUCAAGAAGAGGUCCACAGGAGUGAAGAAGAGAACUAAAAGGACUCGGUAA